GGCGAUGGCGACCAGCUGUCAGCCGACGCCCAGCUGGCCGCUCUGCAGGAGCAACUCGUCGCGGUCAUGUUGGACAAUCAACACCUUACGGAGGAGGUGAGGAACAUCCGGGACUUCGGGAUGCGGGAGGCCGAGCAGCUCCGACAGCAGCUGGAGAGGGAGAAGGAGAAGAGCCGGAUACUGAUGGAGAGACUGCAGGAGAAGGAGACGAAGGAGAGGGAGAAGGGGGAGAGAGAGGCGAGAGAGAGAGAGAGACAUCCGAGAGAGAAAAGUUUGCCACCUGGAGACAAAUCUCCAAGCUUGCCGCAGCGCAUAAGGAAGCGCAUUAACCAGAUCCACAAGAGCCAGUCGUUCGAGGUGGAGGACGGCUCCCCGGGUCCUCCCCCACCCCCUCUCCCCUUCAGCGAUAAACUGCCGCGUGUGAUUGGCGAAGAGCGGACCAAUCCCAAGUCAGGAUUUGAGCAGCCAACCAUUCAGAUUGUAAAGUACGGGGGAGAAGCAGCCAAUCCCAAGUCGAGUUCCACGUUUGAUGUUGUUGAGAGCACCUCCAGGGGCCGGUUCGCCUGGAAACGACGAGGCCUGGAGAAGAGCAAGUCGCUGGACCAGUCGGAGUUCCUGGCGUCCCUGAACGGCGCCGCGUCGGGGGGCGAGGCCGCCGACCCCGGCUGGAUCGACGAGGACCACCGGCGGGAGAGCGACUCCGACGAAGGGGAGCGAGCGAUCCUGCUUCGGGAGGGCAUCGCAGCAGGGAGAGACUCCGGCCUGCAGACGCCCGUGAGAUGCGGAGGGGGGGCGGUCGUGGUGACGCCCCUCGACCCCUGGUGGAAGCGCCUGGAGGUGCGGCUGCUGGCGGGCGUGUCGGAGCUCAUCAAGGACUUCUCGGAGGUGGCGGAGGAGGAGCUGCCUGACGGAGACCCCGAAGGAGACCCGCUGACCGUCAAAAAGUUGAAGGAGAACAUCUUGAGGUUCGGGUGUGUGAUGCGGCCGCUCACGGAAUGCCUGGCCGUGGUGACGUCCCUCCUGCACUGGGAGUCGACCUCGGCCACACUCCUCGCCCUCGUCGUCUACCUGUACAGCGUCCUCUUCGGCUGGGUCCUCACGCUCAUCCUCACCCUCGCCAUCAUCAGACUUUCCAUUAAUUACCUCAAGAAAAGGGGAUGGACGCAGCACAUGUUCCGGCGGCUGCGGCGGGAGGGCGGCGAAGCGGGCGACGCAAGCGGUGGCGAGUCCGGCCUGGGAGACAAGUUCGCCCUCGUGCUGCAGGUGGCGCGGCGGGUGCAGAACCAGCUGGGCGCAGUGUCCAACGCCGCCGAGAAGUGCAAGAACCUCCUUCUGUGGGAGCACGAGGCCACCCGCCGCCUGUACGCCCUCCUGUGGGUGUUCCUGUUGGCCUCCAUCCUGCUGCCUUCGUCGCAGAUCUUCACCCUCAUCGGCGUCUACCUCGGCAUCAAGUUCUUCGUCCUCGACUACGUGUUCUACCGAUACCCGAGAAUCAGGCAGAAGUACGACUCCACGUCCCGCCUCUGGGACACGCUGCCGACCGACGCCGACCUCGAGAGGCGGAACGACAAGAGACACCUCGAGAACGGAUGUUCCUCCCCGGAUUCCACGUCGUUCCUUGAGCUGUUCAACCUGCCGUCUGCCGAGUCCCCUCUGCCAGGUUGGCAGACCGGCCGUCGGUGCACACUCGUCAACCGGGACCGCUCCCUCACCUCCGCCUUCAAGAACGGCCGCCUCUACCUUACCAACAGGUUAGCAAAACAAGACAAACAGUCGGCCUCUUCAGCCAAACUAACGACGUCCUCUAAUAAAACCUCAGCAACUAACAAACUAACUGUGUGUACUAGCGUUAGUGGAAAGACCUCCUCGACGACCACGAAAAGCGACGUCCCUUCGACCUCCUCCUCCUCCGCCUCCUCGGGCUUCAGCUUCCUCAACAAGGGGAGCAAAGCCACGAAGGCCAAAGAGAUGGCGAAGGACUCGAAGGAAAGCAGCAAGGAAGACGACGACCUCGACGUCCUCUUCAAGAUGUUCGAGAAGACGGACGAAACGGAGCCGAUCACGAGCACCGCGCUCUUCCCGACGUCCGAGAGCCGGAGGGAGAGUCCACGCCACUCGCCGCGCCACGGCCUCGCGGUGGCGACGGGACGCAAGACCCCGACGGAGCGCGAGUCGUCGCCGCUCCUGGAGCCGCGGGCGCUGAGCCUCGCCAAGCGGAGAGGGAAGCUCCUCCGCUCCGUCAGCGAGAUGGCGGAGUUCCCGCCGGAGUCCUCGGGCGAGGAGGAAGGCUGCCAGUCCUCCCCGGACAUGAAACGCUAUCCCUUCCGCGCCCGAUCGGGGAAGGACGGAGAAAGGCUCAAGCCCAAGAAGACCACGAAGCUGAAGCUGAAGAGCGCGGGCGCCCCCGAGGAGCAGAAAAACAAAAUUUCUGUGAUCGAUCAGCUGAAUGACCGAGUCUUCUUCGCGGUAUGACGGCCGCGCAGCACCCUCCCUUCUUGUCACUCUCUUCCACAAAAUAGACAAUAGAUAGAACAAGAAAGAAAUAAUAAAACACCAGCGCAAAACAG